UUUGUACUUCUUGUUGCAAGCCAAUGAGGGAAAUCAAGAUGACCUCAAACAAUACUUGUCAUUGGCUGUCAAGGAGUAUCAGAAGUCAGGUAUCCAAAAAAGAGUUGUUGAUGACAUUGCAGCAGCUCUUCAAGCACAUGCAAAGCAGCUGCCAAAAUAGUGGAAAAAAAAUGACAGAGUUUAAUGUAUCAACUACUUGAUAGGGGCCAUGUAUUCUCUUGCACUGUGUUACAUGGUGCACAGCUUUUGUGUCUGAUUUUCACCUUAGUCUUCCAUCACAGCACCCCUGUAUGUUUCCAUUUCUGGACUCUGACUCACCCUCUUUUGUGGCUAUUCAUCUUGAUGUGUCCUCUUGUGACAGCAUGUGUUGUUACCCCCUAUUUCCAUUCAUUUCUACCAUAUGUUGAAUUGUUGGACUGUUUCUUCUUUUUUUGAGCCAUCUUCUCUUUGCUCUGAUGGCUCUUUACUUCCACCAGUAGUGUUACUGUCUCUUGUCUCACUGUUGACAUGUGUAGUCAUUGUUCAACCAAUGGCAUAUUCCAUACAUACAGAUGCCUCAUGGUCUGGUCCCUUAUGAUAUAUAGUCUGAUGGCUCAAGUAUGUUGGAGUGAAACAGUCCCAGUCCUUGGUGGAUUUGGGCAUGUGACCACUUUGCUUAAUAAGCAG